UUCAGCCGCGAGGAGGACCCGGUUCAAAAGUAGCAGCCAUUGUCGCGGCAGGUUGCGCACGCCGGCCGGCCCCGCGGUGGGGCCGCGCGGGGACCGACGCGCGUGGACGCAGGUUUGGAGCCGGGAACCCAUGGCCGGGGCCGCGACGGCCGAGCGGGGCCGCCCGCCGCCCGCCGUCCCCGCGCCCAGCACGGACGGGCUGCCGCGCGCCUUCCUGCAGAGCCUGCGCACUCUCUUCGACAUCCUGGACGACCGGCGGCGCGGCUGCGUGCACCUGCGGGAGAUCGAGUCCCGUUGGCAGGGCGCCGACACGCGCGAGCUGCCACGCGGGGUGCUCGAGGGCCUGCGCCAGGUGGCCCCGGCCAGCGGCUACCUGACUUUCGAGCGCUUCGUGGCCGGCUUGCGCACCUCGCUGCUGAGCGCCGAGGGCGGCCCGCGGGGCCAGACCCGCGUCCGGGCCCGCCCCGGGGACCCGCCGCUGCCGCCUCAGCGCCUGGUGUUCGCGCCAGCCGACGAGCCACGGACCGUGCUGGAGGGCAAGCCCCUGGCCCCGGGCGCGCGCCCUCUGCCCGGCGGACCCGGCGGCGCGGCCCGGAGCCCGGAAAAGCUGUGCGGCCCGGCCAAGGUGGCGGCGUUCCCCGCGGAGCCCGAGCGGCCCCAGAGUGCGGCACUGGAGCGGAGCCCAAGCGCCAACGCUGGUACAGUGGCCUGCAGGGCCCCAGAGGCGGGCUCAGGGGACACCCGGCGGGCACCCCGCACCCGAGGGGAACGGCGGAGGCACACUAUCACUAAUGGUGUGGACUGCGGCCUGCUGAAGCAGAUGAAGGAGCUGGAGCAGGAGAAGGAGGUGCUACUGCAGGGCCUGGAGAUGAUGGCAAGGGGCCGUGAGUGGUACCAGCAGCAGCUGCAGCGGGUGCAGGAGCGUCAGCGCUGCUUGGGCCAGACCAGAGCCAGCACUGACUUUGGGGCUGUGGGAAGCCCUCGCCCCCUGGGACAGCUGCUGCCCAAGGUACAGGAGGUGGCCCAGUGCCUGGGGGAGCUACUAGCUGCAGCCUGUGCUAGCCGGGCUCUACCCAUGUCAUCCUCGGGGCUCCUGUGCCCUGCCCUGGCCCCCGCCUCACCUCCAGCCACAGGCUGGCAGCAGCAGACCAUCCUCAUGCUGAAGGAGCAGAAUCGGCUCCUCACCCAGGAGGUGACCGACAAAAGCGAACGCAUCGCCCGGCUGGAGCAAGAGAAGUGUGCCCUCAUCAAGCAGCUGUUUGAGGCGCGUGCCCUGAGCCAGCAGGAUGCUGGGCCCCUGGACUCCACCUUCAUCUAGCCCAUGCCAACACAGACCCUGGCGCCCGGGGGCUCAUGUGACACAGAGCUCAGCAGGCACUGUUUGAGCCUAGCCUCUCUAGCUGAAGAGCACCCCACCAGCCUGGACACAGCCCUUGAGUGGGUGCCUUUCCUCCUCCCUUGCAGCCUGGACUCCCUUGAGGUCUGUCCCAGGUGGAGUCCAGACAGGUCACGUGCCCAAACACUGACUCAGUUUUGGCCUCAAGGUACUGACCUGGGAGGGACUGUGUUAGACAGGCACAGCCUGAAGCUGCUACUGCCACUGUCAGUGGACAGUGGGGGAUCCCUCCUGGUGUCUGCCAGCUCUCAGGCAUCCUUGGGCAGGGAGUAGCUGUGGCAAUCCUGCACGUGUGCAGCUGUCCAAUCCUGCCUGCCAGGGUCCUGGUCUCCGCGAAAAGGAAUGGGCCACACCAGGCUGCACUUCCGAGAGCGGCCAGCAGAGGGCGCCGGGGGAGCUUGGUGCAGGCACCCGGUCACCACCGGGGCUUGGAAUGGAGGCGUGGCCACAGGCCGUGGGUGUGGCCUGGGGUACCUGGAGCACUCAGGCAGUCAAGAGGCCCAAAGGCAGGUGUCUGUUGCUCAGAUGGAGCAGAUGUCAGGGGCUGGGGGUUGUCUGUGCCCAUGGGAUGGGAAAGCUGGCCACAGGGCUCCUGCCUGGCCAAGGCUGAGCAGGAGUUCGGCUGCAGCUGGAACAGGCCAGGCAUAUUCCUGGAGUAGGGGUCUAGACCUUAGCCUGCUUGUGCCCUCCCCACAGACACCAGACCCUAAAAUGACAUUAGACUUCAACCCUACUGGGCAGGCCUCUGCCCCAGACUCAGAUCCGCAGAGCAGCCUAUGACCUUGGAUCUGCCAGGCAGCUUGGACUAGAUGGCUGGAAUGUGCCUCUCCCUGGGGAGGACAUGCGCCCCAGGAGGAGUAACAGCCUGGAGCCCAUCCUUGAGGUCCAUGGCUCCCAUUCCCAGCUUGGCCUCAGGUUUAGGCAAUUGUGUGUUGGGAGAGGACACUUCAGCCACAAAGAAGCAGAACCAUAGGGCCCAGGAAGAGGCUGGGGACCUCAGUGUCACUCCCUUCCCUGGCCCAUCCUGGGGGGACCCCUGCUCAGCCCAGCCAUGAGGGGCCCUGUGCCACAGGAGCCAAAAAUGGCAUAGCAGUAUCCUUGGUGGGUUGGUGGUCCAGGACCCCAGCACAGACAUAUGAGAGCUACAGGGGCCCUGAGUGCCCAGCACAAUUGGACAUGCUGCCCCAGGGGCAGCUCCACAGAAAAGGCCCAGCAGCUGCAGUGACCCUACAGAGCUCCACUGCUGUUCUGAGCCUGCAUGAGUGGCCCAGUCAGCCCAGGGAUAACCCCCUUCCUCCGAAGAUAGAAGUGUAUUCUGAGGACCUAAACUACCCUAGGCCUACAUCUGGGCAGAAAAGGGAGCUGGUCCUAAGGGGCAAGAUGUGCCCCCAGCACUCAGGUGAAUUUGUGGUGCAAGGAUUCAAUCUUGUGGUUAGGGCAGCACCAGCCAGGGAGAAGCCCCCUUCGUCCAUGUGCCCCAAGUCCCACUGAAUCUGUCCCUGAGGGGGCCAGCCACUCCCUGGGAACUCUCAGCCUGACUUCUUCGUAGAACUGGAGGCAGGAGACAGUGUCUGCCCCAGGGUGACGUCCAUCAGACCUCUGACAGGAUAUUGGACCCUUCAGCUAAAGAAUGAACAGGAAACGAUCCAGUGCCUCAGAAAAGCUGUCUUUCUUAGCUUUGGUGUCCCAUGCAGGGUGAAAAAACAGAUCCUCCAGGUGUUCAGCCUGAAAUCAGACUAUGUGUGUGGUCCCAGCCUGGUAGGGCCCAGGUUACCUGUAGAAGCCAAUGCAAGUGCUCUCUGGAGCCUGGGCCUAGUAACUUCUAGGGCAGGGAGGUCUCCAUGGAGGAGGCAGCCGUCACUACAGGACAAGAGUGGCAUCCCUGACCUUGUCCACUAGAUGCCAGCAGUGUGCACAUGCGUGCCUUCAGUCGUGACUACCAGAAACGUCCUAGAUGUUAAAUAUCCCCUAGGGGACAAAAUCACACCUGGUUGAGAAUCUGCACUAAAGGAACACAGUCUCACCAGGACUGACCAUUUUCAAAAUUGUUGAUAACUUCAAAGGCAAUUACCAUUAAUUAAAAAAAUUCAUGAACACCAGAAGGAAACAAUACACCGAGAGCCAGCAGAAAUAACAAGAGUCUGUAAACACUCAGAUGUGGGGAUUAUCAGAGAAUAUAAACAAUGUUUAUAUAUCUAAAGAAAUAAAACAGA